AUGGAAGCAAUGCAAUCUGCACCACCGUUCAAGUUGAAAGACGACCCCAUUGAGAAUCAGCGCACGCUCAAGGUACGUGUGAUCGGUGCAGGAUACUCGGGCAUCUAUCUAGGUAUUCGUAUCCCACAACGGCUACGAAACAUUGAUCUUCAAAUCUAUGACAAGAAUGAUGGUGUUGGUGGGACGUGGUGGGUGAAUAGAUAUCCAGGUUGUGCCUGUGAUGUACCGUCGCAUAGCUACCAGUACUCUUUUGAGCCAAAUCCAGAUUGGUCCAAUCUCUAUGCUCCGCGGGCCGAGAUACAUGCCUAUCUGGAUCGCGUGGCCGAGAAGUACGGCGUGAAGCGGUUCGUGAAACUUCGACACGAGGUUUUGAGCUGCGAAUGGGAUGCCUCAUCUCAAAAAUGGAUCCUGGAUAUUCGCCGUCUCGAGACGGGCGAAGUAUUCAAAGAUGAGGCACAUGUUUUGAUUUCCGCAAAAGGAAACCUCAGCGACCCGGCCUGGCCGAAUAUCCCUGGCCUAGACACCUUUGAUGGCGAGGUGAUGCAUUCUGCCCGGUGGAAGGAGGACUAUGAUUUCAAGAACAAGAGUAUUGGGGUCAUCGGCAAUGGCUCAAGUGCGAUUCAGAUUGUUCCACAACUUCGAAAAAUCGAGGGGACUCAGCUCUCCUGUUUUGUGAGGAGCAAGACGUGGAUCACAAACCCUUUUGGUGAUGUAACUAUGCAAAAGCUUGGAUUGGAUCCGGCAGUGCUUGAAUUCUCGAAAGAGCAGAGAAACGAGUUUGCAACCCAGCCGGAAAAGUUUCUUGCUUUUCGCAAGGCUAUUGAAGCGGAUGGUAAUACAAUUCACGCUGUAACCUUGAAAGAUACAGAUAUGCAGCGCACUGCCAUUGAAUUCUGUCGUGCGGCAAUGAGUGGUCGUCUGUCCGCAAAACCCGAGAUCGCAGACUUUCUCAUACCUUCUUUCGGCGUCGGUUGCAGAAGGCCUACGCCUGGGCCCGGGUAUCUUGAGGCUCUUGUCGAGUCGAAUGUGGAUUUCAUUACCGACCCCAUCUCGGAAGUGACCAAAAAUGGCAUCAUGCUCAAAGGGGGUAGACAUGUCGAUCUUGAUUGUCUUGUUUGUGCUACCGGGUUCAAUGCUUCGGCUCCUCCUCCCUUCCACGUCAAAGGAAACGGCAUCACACUCAAGGAGAGGUUCACGCCAUUUCCUGAAGCAUACCUAUCUAUCGUUGUCGAUGGAUUUCCCAAUUUCUUCAUCAUGCUGGGACCAAACUCGGCCAUUGGGGCUGGCUCCUUGAACGUAAUUCUAGAGUCCGAAGGCGAUUACAUUGUCAAAUGUAUCCGGAAGCUCCAGAAAGAAGACUAUGCGUCCAUGAGUAUAAAAAAGGCACGAGUCGCUGACUGGUCCGACUACUGUCACACGUACUUCAAGGGGACUGUAUACAUGGAUCAAUGCAACUCUUGGUACAAGAGCGCCGGUGGGACAGGGGAUAUAGUCACGGGACUCUGGCCGGGAAGCGCGCUACAUGCCGUUGAGGCGUUGCGAGCUCCAAGAUGGGAGGACUACGAGUGGGAGAGCGUCGGCGGGGGAGAGAAUCAAAUGCGGUGGCUGGGCAAUGGAUGGAGUCUCACGCAUACCCGGGUCACACCUGAUGAAUAUGGUGGUGACCCUGCUUGGUAUCUUGAGCCUCGCUUUCAGAGUGUGCCGGUACCUGGAUUCCCGGAGGAUGAUGCAGAGUUCAAGUCGAAGCCAUUUUCGCAUUAA